CCCACGAAGGUCUCUCACGGGAGUAAGAUGGCGGCAGGUGCAUCGGCAACAACGGCGUCGACAACCUCCACUAUCUCCGUGGAACUGGACCAGUUCAGUUGUUCGGUGUGUCUGGAGGUUCUUCGGGAUCCAGUGACCAUCCCGUGCGGCCACAGCUAUUGCCUGAGCUGCAUCGAGGACUACUGGAGCAGAGGCAAGCCGCAGAAGGCCCAGUACAGCUGCCCGCAGUGUCGCUUGGAGUUCAAGCCGAGACCGCUGCUCAAUCGCAACACUGUCCUGGGAGAGCUGGUGGAGAAGUUCGUCCAGAGCGGAGCCCAAGAGCAGCCGGCCGACGAACGCCUCCGCGGGCGGGGGCAAGGCGUUGCGGUUGCACCCAAGUCCAGUGUUGUCAAAGAGAAGCUGUGCCAGCAUCAUCAAAAGCCGCUGAAAAGCUAUUGCCGUGCUGACCAUCAGGGAUUGUGCUCACGCUGCCUCAAAGGCCAACACAAGAACCAUGACACUGUGCGGCUGGUGGACGAGCGGAUGGCCCAGCAGAAAAAACUCCAAGAAGCAUCUUUGAAGUGCACGCAGAACAUCAAGGAUGUAGAGAAGGAGCUGCGCUAUGUGGUCAGAUACGUCAAACACGCCACGGAGGCGGCAGAGGAGGAGAACGACAGGGUCUUCUCCAAACUGCUCCGCACCAUCGAGAAGCAACGGUGUGACGUGAGGGAGGCGAUCAGAAUGCGCGAACGGGCGGCUCUGGCGCAGACAGAGCAGCUGUUGGAGAAGCUGGAGCGUGAGACGGCUGAUGUCCGGAGGAACGAGGCUGAGCUGGAGAAGCUCUGCCGCAGCGAUGACCACCUCCAUUUCCUUCAUAAAUGCAGAUCCCUUCAUUUCCCAUCCAAACGGGUGCCGACGCCCGACACCGACGCAUUGCCAUACUUGAUGUACAAAACCAUGCGAGGAGGCCUGGCGGAGCUGAAGGACGGUCUGGACGAAAACCUCCAGAGGGAAUUCAACAGAAUCUCAGAUAAAGUUAUUUCACUCAAGGAAACCAGCAUUCCAAAUGAAAAGACUAAAGGUGUACAAUUAAGGUUGCCACCUGCUGACAAGAUGGGAUGGGAUUCAGCAAGCAAGAAUCCUGUUGAUUUUUUUAAUGAUUCCUGACAAUUGCAGUUAUACUCUGAAAU